CAGAGAUGCGGACACAGUACAAGGAGAUGACCAAAUACUGCGGGACACAGUACAGGAUGACCAGGAGACUGCGGACACAGUACAGGAGAUGACCAGAGACUGCGGACACAGUACAGGGAUGACCAGAGACUGCGGACACAGUACAGGGAUGACCAAAGACUGCGGACAUACUGGAGAUGACCAGGACUGCGGACACAGUACAGGAGAUGACCAGAGACUGCGGACACAGUACAGGAGAUGACCAAGGACUGCGAACAGUACAGGAGAUGACCAGAGACUGCGGACAGUACAGGAGAUGACCAGAGACUGCG